GCGGGACUUCCCUUCGUUCACGGAUAGAAGUUUAGGUGAGAACGCAGAAGGGCUUCGUUACUGUAUCAACUAUUGGUAGGCCUAUCACCGGUUUAAGCCUCGGUACAGCAGCACAACUACUAGGAUACAAUGACGCCGCGAGGGACAUAGUAGCCCAUAUCGGCGAUGCUAACCUGAAAGGUCUUGUGCAACUCCACCCUGUGAACAUGUCUGAUGUCAACAAGACUAUCCAGAAAUGGCACGCGAGUUUCAGAAAGGGCACGGACUUUGAUUCGUGGGGACAAUUAGUAGAGGCGAUAGAUGAGUACCAAAUGUAAGUUGCAUCACCUGUCACAGUGGCUAGAAGAAUGACAAGAAUGCGAAAGGAUGGUUGCAUCUUACUAUCUAUUCAAGAGAAUGUGUACACUGCUCAUCUCGAAAUAUGUAGUAAAAUAUAUUAUUAUUGUUUUCAUUAAGUAUCACGAAAGGCAGCAAAUCUAAAAAAACAUCUGCAAUAGAAAGCCAUUGCAUGAUCUUUGAUGUGGUGUAACUGUAACUAUUUUCUAUAGGCGUUACAUUGUUACAAAGAGGGGCAGUCAAUUUGCAUCUGUUACAAUGUUGCUAUCAUAUUAGUUCAUAAAUCACAAUUAUAAUUACAUUUGAGUUGAUGCAUUCUGCAAGAGCAAUUUAUAUGACAGAGCAAGACACUCAAAUGGGUAUAUGGAAAUUAUCUGCCACGCCCUCCUAUUCUUACGGGUGGAGCUCUGAUCUGUGGAUGUUUCAUAGGCUGCUCCUGAUGAACAAAAACAAAUGAGGAUACGUUCAAGACAUUAUUAAAGAAGUUUAUCUUAAAAUAGAUUUCUAUACUGUAUUACACAGGCAUGACAAUCCAUGAUAAUUUUGAGGCUACUGUACCUCUUCUCUUGGCCCAGGAGGGGGAAUGAGAACAACACAUUUGAUUAUUGUAUUGCCACAACACCCAUCCUUAGAUGCCUUCAACGAUGACUAGUACUGUAGGUUACGCAAAUGUUUUAUUAACAUAUUGUUUCCAUAUUUUGGGAACUAUUAGUUUAAUCUGAUUAAGAAUGUGUUUAACUGAUGUUUCUAUUCAUUUCUAUUUAUUUAGACUUGCAAGGCAGCUGCAGAAAGAGGUCCAGUCAACAAACCCAUCUGACUUCACAGAGGACCAGAAGGUACGUACUUUACUCAGACUAAUUUCAACACCAGGUGAAUUAAUGACUACUUAUAUUCAACACCAGGUGAAUUAAUGACUACUUAUAUUCAACACCGGGUGAAUUAAUGACUACUAUUUCAACACCGGGUGAAUUAAUGGCUACUUAGGCUUAGGCUACCUCAACCUCACUUUCCUCUAUCUCACUGUCUUACAUAGCCAAUGCUGAUUUUCAUAUGCCUUAUUUUUAUAGCUGAAAGAUACAGUUUUUCAUCACAACAUAUUUAUUGACAGAAAAAGGUUUAUGACAUUCAGUGUUACCCUAAUGAUGUGGUGAAACCUAUUGCUAGCCUGUGUUGAUUUGUUUUUAUUUAAGAAAACAUUAGGGAAGUUUGCAACAUGCCUGGAGAUGAGAAGCGCUGCCUUGCAGGUUUGUACCUCUGAUUCCCCUGACAAUUAUUGUUUUAUAGUAAAAGACCACUAAAUUAAUGCUCUCUUCCUAACUCUUCAUCAGUGUUGAAGCGUCUAUAGGCGAGGUGGUGAAUACAGUUGUGGUCAAAAGUUUUGAGAAUGACACAAGUAUUGGUCUUCACAAAGUUUGCUGCUUCAGUGUUUUUAGAUAUUUUUGUCAGAUGUUACUAUGGGAUACUGAAGUAUAAUUACAAGCAUUCCAUAAGUGUCAAAGGCUUUUAUUGACAAUUACAUUAAGUUUAUGCAAAGAGUCAAUACUCUCCCGAGUGGCGCAGUGGUCUAAGGCACUGCAUCGCAGUGCUAGCUGUGUCACUAGAGAUCCUGGUUCGAAUCCAGGCUCUGUCGUAGCCGGCCGCGACCGGGAGACCCAUGGGGUGGCGCACAAUUGGCCCAGCGUUGUCCAGGGUAGGGGAGGGAAUGGCCGGCAGGGAUGUAGCUCAGUUGGUAGAGCAUGGCGUUUGCAACGCCAGGGUUGUGGGUUCGAUUCCCAUGGGGGGUAUAAAAAAUAAUGUAUGCACUAACUGUAAGUCGCUCUGGAUAAGAGCGUCUGCUAAAUGACUAAAAUGUAAAUGUAAUAUUUGCAGUGUUGACCCUUCUUUUUCAAGACCUCUGCAAUCUGCCCUGGCAUGCUGUCAAUUAACUUCUGGGCCACAUCCUGACUGAUGGCAGCCCAUUCUUGCAUAAUCAAUGCUUGGAGUUUGUCAGAAUUUGUGGGUUUUUGUUUGUCCACCCGCCUCUUGAGGAUUGACCACAAGUUCUCAAUGGGAUUAAGGUCUGGUGAGUUUCCUGGCCAUGGACCCAACAUUUCGAUGUUUUGGUCCCCGAGCCACUUAGUUAUCACUUUUGCCUUAUGGCAAGGUGCUCCAUCAUGCUGGAAAAGGCAUUGUUCGUCACCAAACUGUUCUUGGAUGGUUGGGAGAAGUUGCUCUCGGAGGAUGUGUUGGUACCAUUCUUUAUUCAUGGCUGUGUUCUUAGGCAAAAUUGUGAGUGAGCCCACUCCCUUGGCUGAGAAGCAACCCCACACAUGAAUGGUCUCAGGAUGCUUUACUGUUGACACAGGACUCACCUUGUCUUCUCCGGACAAGCUUUUUUCCGGAUGCCCCAAACAAUCGGAAUGGGGAUUCAUCAGAGAAAAUGACUUUACCCCAGUCCUCAGCAGUCCAAUCCCUGUACCUUUUGCAGAAUAUCAGUCUGUCCUUUAUGUUUUUCCUGGAGAGAAGUGGCUUCCUCGCUGCCCUUCUUGACACCAGGCCAUCCUCCAAAAGUCUUCGCCUCACUGUGUGUGCAGAUGCACUCACAACUGCCUGCUGUCAUUCCUGAGCAAGCUCUGCACAGGUGGUGCCCCGAUCCCGCAGCUGAAUCAACUUUAGGAGACGGUCCUGGCACUUGCUGGACUUUCUUGGGCGCCCUGAAGCCUUCUUCACAACAAUUGAACCUCUCUCCUUGAAGUUCUUGAUGAUCCGAUAAAUGGUUGAUUUAGGUGCAAUCUUACUAGCAGCAAUAUCCUUGUCUGUGAAGCCCAUUUUGUGCAAAGCAAUGAUGACAGCACAUGUUUCCUUGCAGGUAACCAUGGUUAACAGAGGAAGAACAAUGAUUUCAAGCACUAAAGCUUCCAGUUUGUUAUUCUAACUCAAUCAGCAUGACUGAGUGAUCUCCAGCCUUGUCCUUGUCAACACUCUCACCUGUGUUAACGAGACAAUCACUGACAUGAUGUCAGUUGGUCCUUUUGUGGCAGGGCUGAAAUUCAGUGGAAAUGUUUUUGGGGGAUUAAUUUCAUUUUCAUGGCAAAGAGGGACUUUGCAAUUAUUUGCAAUUCAUCUGAUCACUCUUCAUAACAUUCUGGAGUAUAUGCAAAUUGCCAUCAUAAAAACUGAGGCAGCAGACUUUGUGAAAAUUAAUAUUUGUGUCAUUGUGAAAACCUUUGACCACAACUGUACAUGCAAUACCAACCUGUGAUGUCAUCUUAUUAAAUGUGUGUGUGUGUGUGUGUGUGUGUGUGUGUGUGUGUGUGUGUGUGUGGACAUGUCCCAGCUCGCCAGCCAAUUAUCAUAUUGAUGAAAAUCCAGCGUCGGUGUUAUGACUAACAUACGAUUACAUGAUGUUAUGAUUUCUAAUUCUAAACCUGCUAUGAUAUGCAUUUAACUCUGAGUGAAUCACAGGCAGAUUUUGUCAGAGUUGUCAGAUGUUCCAAGGCUGUGCCAAUAGAAUAUUUCAGUAUUUUCCAUCUUCUUUUGCUCCUUUAGUGCACACAGUCGCAGGAGGAGUUCAAGUUGGAAGAUCUGAAGAAAUUGGAACUUAGUACGUAUACUAGGAGGAAUAUGAUAUCGUCAUCAUUUGAAUGCUUUAUUUAUCAUUAGUUGAAUGUUUUGGCAAUGAAAUGUGUUAAUUGUGCCUUUCUCUCAACAGUUAUCAAGAAUAUUCUGACAUAUAACAAAGAUUUUCCUUUUGAUGUGCAGCCAGUGCCCUUGAGGUAAGUUAAGAUCUAUGAACCAUCACAAUGCAGGCCACUUAUUGUCGUAUCCAAUGUAGAUACAGACAAAACCAGAAGCUUUUGGUUUAAGGACACAAUAAUCAGAACAGAUCAGAGCAAAUGAUGCAGUAAAGCAAAGGGUAUUACUAAAAAUGCAACAAUGGCUGCUCCAUCUGAAUGACAUAAUCUAAUCUCCUAACAACAUGCUGAGCCUGUAAAUAUUCAAAACAAGUAAUCUAACUAAUGAAAUCUUACAUUCAGGAGAAUCCUUGCCCCAGGAGAGGAGGAAAACUUGGAGGUGGAAGAAGAGGAGGAGGAUGCUACAGGAGCAGGCUCCCCAGAAUCCUCUCCCAACAGAGUGCCAGGUAAGUACUCACAAAGUACUUGCAAAGUACUCAACAAAUACUGUGUUGUAGUCGUAAUCUAUGGUGUAUAUAGAGCAUUCAUAACCAUUGGUCACUGUAUUCUGAAUCUGUUGACUAUGUCAUUUUGCCAUGGUUAUUUCUUCUGGCUUUGUGUCCCUGUUUUGAGUGCAUUUGUGAUUGCCGUCUCCUCUGUUCCCUGUCUCUGUUGGUGCUCUGCAUGGCUUCGUCGCUCUGUUCUCACUGCCUGCUCCAUUCACAGCUUUGCAAGGUAUGGUUUGGUUGAGCAAUAAGGGGCUGGCAUGGGUCUGAAUGGGUCUAUGUCUUAUUAUAGUUUUGUUGUAGCAUGAAUAUGAUUGCCUACUAAUGGACAGUUUGUUAUUAUCAAUAACCCUAUACUACUACUACUAGAUAACUUUAGUUGUUGAAUCUACUUUACAAUGUCUUUUUUUUUUUACAAGCGUUCACCAAAAUGGGUAUGUCAUCUUAGCCUUACCUGUUAGUCAGUCUACAACUUCUUCUGCUGCCUAUUAUUGUAUAAGUAAAAUAAUGCUGACAGUAAUGACUUGAAAAAGGAUCUGCAAGUAUAAACACUGGUUACGUCCCAAAUUACACCCUAUUCCCUAUAUAGUGCAAUACGGCCCCUAUGGUCCCUAGUCAAAAGUAGUGCACUAUAUAGGGAGUAGGGUUCCAUUUCGGACACCACCAUUAUAUUGAUUUCAGCUGCAUUAGUUCUUGGAAAGUGGGAAUGUUUUAUGCAAUUAUUGUAUUUCUUUAGAAAGUUACAGCUUUCAUGUCUCCAACAGGUACAUUGUUGCCACGGUUACCCUCAGAACCCGGGAUGUCGCUGCUCACGAUAAAGAUUGACAAGAUUGGGCUGAAAGAUGCAGGGCAAUGCAUUGAUCCCUACAUGACAGUUAGUGUGAAA